AUGGAGCGGAUAGUUGCUCUAAGAGAGCUAGGACAUAUCCAAGAGAGGUACCAGACGGUAGUAGCUGAGAAAACACCCGCAAGGAGCAAGAAAGAUCCUCCUGCUGAAAAGAAACGGCAUCCCAAGAGGAAGAGAGAAGCUGCAAGCUCCUCAAAACCUCAGAAGGAGGCAAGUUCCAAAGAGAAAGCGGUGGAACUGAAGGGUAUCCCGGGGGAUAUUCUAGAAGAAAGAAGGAAAGCAGAAGUAUGCUUGAAGUGCGGUGAGUCCAGACACAAAUGGACUGAUUGUUGGUCCAGGGAACCUACUGUAGUCCGAGUGGCACCAGUGAGGGUACAAAAGCGUAAAAGAGGAAAUGCCAAGCCCAAUCCUCAGAAGAAAGCUAAAGUGGCUGCUGUUGUAGCAGAGGAACCACUUGUUGUACUCCCAGAGGUUACAGGAGAUUUCAUUUUCCAGCCUGAGCAAGACUCGGACGAUGAAAUCAUCUGGUAG